AUGAACAACUUUGGCGUCAUCGAGCUCGCCGGCGCGAAAACAACAUCCGCGCCGGGAUGGGCCUACGUGCCAGACACGGCCAUAGCUCCCGGAUCGGCUGGCAUCCAGCCUGUCAACAGGAAACGGGCGCGUAACCCGACCGGGGGAGGGCCGAGCCUGAGCGACUUGACGGCGAGACAGGAAAACAAGAUCCGGAAAGAGGUCGAGGCCCUGGGGAAGGACGGCUCAAGGGACAAUACAAUUCCUCUACCGGCGAAGAGCGGCCGCACGCAAACGAAAUUCACCCCCAACGUCCGCAAAGUGAUGCAGUCCCAAAAGACGUUUGCGAACCACCUCGACGACUACCUCGCCCUGCAGGCCCUUGAGGCCCAGCCGUCGUCCAACGCGAGCAAGCGGCCUGGGGCCGGCAAAAAGGACACCGCGGCCUCCACGCCCAGACAAUCUACGCAUGAUGACGACGUCGCCAUGACGGACGACCUGCCCCCCGUCUUGCCGCCGCCGUGCAAGGCGCCGCCUGCACCGCACCCCAGCGAUGGCGACCCGCUGCUCGCGUCUCGCGUGCCAGAGAUGCCGUCCGAUGCGGAGCUGCGCGGGUUAUUGGCGCACCCGCCAUUGUCGUAUUUCGAGGCGCUGGGGAACCUGGACGACAGAUAUCCGACGAGGGUGUUUUGUGAAGUUUGCGGGUACUGGGGGCGGGUGAGGUGUUUGAAGUGCGGGACGAGAUAUCUGGCCAGCUACCGCGUGCCUGAUGGCGCCGAAUCCACGGUGUACAGAUAUGGCCACCUGGUUGAUUUGGGCCGUGAGCCUCGCAUAUUGAACGCCCAAAGCAUCAAAGGCUUCUCGGCGUUCAGCACAAGUGUCGACCGUGGCGACACCAUGGAUAAAACUAACGCCGUCUAG